GGAGCGGUGGUGUGUAGGUGACGCUAUGUUGUGGUAUGACUGACAACAAACCGAGUGGUGCAGGUGUUUGUAUACACUGUGAACAAACGCCGGUUUGGAAUACAUCGACUAUAAUUUUAGAACGGUUCGGGCGAUCUUAAGAACACAGCUCUUUUCGUGGACUGGUGUUCCCAUCGUCUUGAGUCUAUUUAUUUCCAAGGCUUGGUAGUUAUGUGGAGCGAACGUUCAUUUCACCAGUAGAAUGUUAGUGGCUUCGUGGAUCGUGUUCAGCAGUUGUUUCUUAACAUGUGUGACCGCGUAUCCGUACCUGAUUUUCGCCACUUCCAAAGAGAUUCGGAUUGCCAAUGUCUCCAAACCGACGAAGAUUUCUACAGUCGUCAGGGGGCUUGUUGCUGCAGGAGCAGUGGACUUCCUAUUCGAUGAAGGACUGUUGUGUUGGACUGACAAUGGACUGGAGAUGAUACAAUGCGUUUCCUAUGACGGGAAGGUUCCUGGAGCCAAGAUCGAUGUUCUUACAACUGGAUUAAGUUCUCCAGAUGGCCUAGCAUGUGAUUGGUUCACCAAAAAAAUCUAUUGGACUGAUGCAGAAACAAACAGAAUUGAAGUUGUAUCUAUUAGUGGUGAACACAGGAAGGUACUGUUCUGGGAAGAUAUAGACCAGCCCCGAGCAAUAGCACUUGAUCCAAUGAGAGGCCUUAUGUUUUGGACUGACUGGGGUGAGAUUCCAAAAAUUGAACGCGCUGGAAUGAAUGGUGACAACUCGACGCGCAAGGUCCUUGUGAUAGAGGACAUAAUGUGGCCUAAUGGCCUCACUUUAGAUUUCAACAAUUCCAAAGUAUAUUGGCUGGAUGCUAAGCUGCUAUUUCUUGCUUCAGUUGAUUAUGAAGGGAACAACAGACACAAGUUUGCUAGUCAAGAUUUAAAAUGUCCAUUUGCUGUUUCUUUUUUCCACAACAAGCUGUACUUCACUGACUGGGAAACAUGGGGCAUACAUUCUUACAAUCUUGAAGAAGGUGGGAAACCAAAGGAAAUAGCUCACAACAAGGACAUAAUGCCACUUGAUAUUCGGGUGUGGGAUAAGAGCCGUCAGCCUAAAGGUUAUUCACCAUGUCAAACAAAUAAUGGUGGUUGCUCUCAUUUAUGUCUUCUGUCACCCAGACCUCCAGGCUUCACUUGUGCUUGCCCCACUGGAGUAAAGCUGCUGGAUAACCGUACCUGUGCCAACGGGCCUCAAGAGCUGUUAAUUCUCGUACAAAGAACAGAUAUUUCUAAAAUAUCACUUGAUUCUCCUGAUUAUACAAAUUUUAUUCUACCUCUUAAAAAUGUGAGGCAUGCUAUUGCAAUAGAUUUUGAUCCAGUUGAAAAUUUUAUCUAUUGGACAGAUGAUGAUGCCAAGGCAAUAAGACGAGCUCAUCUGAAUGGAACAGGUCAGGAAGAUCUAAUCGUGACAGAGGUGGGCCAUCCUGAUGGAAUUGCUGUUGACUGGGUGGCACGUAAUAUGUACUGGACAGAUACGGGGAUGGACCGUAUUGAAGUGGCACGUCUGAAUGGUGAAUUACGAAUUGUUUUAAUAACAGAAGAUCUAGGUGAACCGAGAGCGAUUGCUGUGGCACCAGAGAAGGGGUGGAUGUUUUGGUCUGACUGGGACAGUGAAGCACCCAAAAUCGAACGAGCAUCUUUAGAUGGCUCAGAUCGAACCAUGCUCAUUUCUAAGGAUCUAGGCUGGCCAAAUGGAAUAACUCUUGAUCUUGCGUACGAUAAGAUAUAUUGGUGUGAUGCUAAGAAAGAUAGACUUGAGGUGGCAAAUAUGGAUGGAAGUGAUAGGCGAGAGAUUAUUAGUGACAACUUGCCACAUCCAUUUGGCUUGAGUCUUCUUGGAGAUUAUCUUUAUUGGACCGAUUGGCAGCGAAGGUCAAUUGAGCGGGUGAACAAAAUAACCGGAAAUGAACGCAAACUGAUUGCAGAUCAGUUACCAAAUGUUAUGGGCCUAAAAGUUAUACGCCUUGGUGAAGUGAAGGGAACAAACCCAUGUGCAAAAAAUAAUGGUGGUUGUGAUCAGCUGUGCCUUAACAGACCAGGAAAUGACUAUAUUUGUGCAUGUAAAAUGGGUUAUGAACUGGCUACAGACAACAGGACAUGCGUUAUUCCAGAAGCAUUCUUAUUGUUUGUUCGUAAAGAAAAUAUAGGAAGAAUAAGCAUUGAGAACAACAAUAAUGUGGUAAACAUACCAGUUACUGGCAUUAAGGAUGCAAGUGCCUUGGAUUUUGACAUAAAUGAUAACCGUAUCUAUUGGACAGAUGUCAAAGCAAAAACAAUCACCAGGUCAUUCAUGAAUGGAUCAAAUGUAGAAAAAAUUGUGGAGUUUGGAUUGGACUCUCCUGAAGGCAUGGCUGUUGACUGGGUUGCACACAAUCUUUAUUGGAGUGAUACAGGCAGCAAGAGGAUAGAAGUCGCAAGGCUUGAUGGCCGGUCCCGUAAAGUAUUGUUAUGGGAAGGCUUGGGCGAACCUCGGAGCCUUGCAUUGAAUCCACGUGAUGGGUAUAUGUAUUGGUGUGACUGGGUUACUUUUGGUGUAAUUGAAAGAGCAGCAUUAGAUGGGUCAAAACGUACUGUUCUGAUAUCAGAAGUUGGUGAUGUGAAAGGUCUUACUAUUGAUUAUGUUCAACGCCGUAUUUACUGGACUCAGCUUAAUCCAUCAUCUAUUGAAAGCACAGACUUAGAAGGUCAGAACAGAAUCCAAGUUGUUGGAAAAGAUAUUGAACACCCCAAAGGAAUAACACAGUAUCAGGAUUAUAUCUAUUGGACAGACCUGAAAACAUUACACAUUGAGCGAGCCAAUAAGACAAAUGGCCAGAAUCGGUCUGUAGUACAAGAACGUCUGGGAGAUGUCACUGAUAUGUCCAUAUUCCAUACAUCAAGACAGUGGGGUUGGAAUCAGUGUGAGAUAAGCAAUGGUGGAUGCUCUCAUUUAUGUCUUGCUGUUCCAGCUUUUGCACCUAGCGUGGGCCAAGCAACAACUCUACAUUGUGCUUGCCCCACACAUUAUGUCCUUAAUGCAGACAACAAGACAUGCUCUGCACCACAAUCAUUCCUGCUGUAUAGUCAGAAGAAUACUUUAAGUCGUCUGAUACCAAACACAACUGACUGCCCAUCUCUAGUUUUACCCAUUCAGAACCUGAAAAGUGUACGGGCUGUUGAAUUUGAUCCAAAAACACAGUUCUUAUAUUGGGUUGAUGGACGAACACAGUCAGUGAAACGAGCUUUUGACAACGGUACACAUGCAUCCGUGUUUGUGAGUGCGAGCAGCGAACGUCACCCUUAUGACUUAGCAGUGGACCCCUAUCGCAGAUUGCUCUACUGGUCAUGUGCUAUGGCUGAUGUUAUAAAUGUUACACGGCUUGAUAAUGCUUCGAAAGUGGGCUUUGUCAUCAAAGGAAAGGGUGAAAAGCCACGAAGCAUUGCACUGCAUCCAGAGAAAGGUUUCCUGUUUUGGACUGAUGUUGGGGCCGAGCCAAGUGUUAGACGAUCCCGUGUUGAUGGUGAAAAGAAAACUAUAAUUGCAUCAGAUGUGAAGAAUCCAAUGGCAUUGGCUGUUGAUAGGUUGGAUGACCUGGUGUUUUGGGCUUCUUCUAAGGGAAUAGAGAGAGCUACGUUGGAUGGGAGAGAAAGAAGGAUGGUAUUGGCAGAAGUAGUAGUUAAAGAGCAUCUUGCUGUUUGGGGAGACUACUUAUACUGGGUUGAUGGUGAUCAACAACAAGUAGAACGAGCAGAUAAACUCACAGGCAAACAUCAGGAAGCUGUUGUUAGAGCAUCUCAUCUCACUGAACUUGUUGCUGUGCUUCCAUUUGAUGAAAAGUUAUAUGUGGAAAGAACAUGUGAGGGAUGCUCACAUAUAUGCCUACAGUUGCAAGGGGCAGUUGGUAGUGAUGGUCCUGCCUGUGGUUGUCCAGCUGGUUUAGGGCUGCAGGAUGAUGAACGAACAUGCAUUCCACCACCUGCAUGUGGGCAAGAUCAUUUUACAUGUGCCACAGGGAGCAUUUCAUUAAAGGACUGUCUGCCUGCAUCUUGGCGCUGUGAUGGUCACAAGGAUUGUGCUGACGGCAGUGAUGAAGAGGAUUGUCCUGCUUGUCCACCAGAUCAAUUUAAAUGCCAGAGUGGACGAUGCAUUGAGAAGGCAUGGGUAUGUGAUGGCACCCCACAGUGUCCAGAUGGUUUUGACGAAUCACACUGUUGCAAGUCAAGAGAUGAAUUUCUGUGUAUUGAUACGGGAAUAUGCAUCUCAAACACAAUGAAAUGUGAUGGUAUAAAAAACUGUAAUGAUGGCAGUGAUGAAGCCCAUGCUCUUUGUGUAUUGGGAUCUUCAAAAGGGGACCCAGCGUUGGCAGAAAAAUCACACAAAAGUGCAUUAGCUGUUGGUGUCAUCAUCGCUGUGGCUGCACUGAUAACAAUUGGUCUUUUCUUGUAUUACUGCCGAAAACGCUUAAUGGGUUCCAACAAUAUAGCUCUAGAUGAUGAACUAGAUGACUCGGCAGGUGAUCCGUUAUCACCUAAGCCUUUAAGAGGUGUUCCCAAACCUAUUUGUACUGUGACCACACUGCAGAAGAAUGGACAUCGUUUAGUUAAAGGACCCACAAAACCAGGGAUUGAUGGUGUGCACAUGUCAAUGCUGAAUGGCAGUACAACUACUACAAAUAGCUAUGAUAGGAAUCACAUUACUGGAGCUUCCAGCUCCACAACUGAAGGUGGUGGACCUGUAGUUGCUCCAAUGUUAAUGUCAUCUUCAUCUCUGCUUUGUUAUCCUCGUGAAACACUGAAUCCACCUCCUAGUCCUGCAACCACAGCUGAUUCUACAAGAAGACUUCACCAUAGUUACAAUGAGGAUUAUUGUUGUUCUUCUUCUGGUGCUUCUAGAUAUAGACCCUAUAGGCAUUACCGGGCUAUUAACCAGCCACCUCCUCCAACACCGUGUAGCACAGAUGUAUGUGAUGAAUCAGAUUCAAAUUAUCCACUGCGUGGUGGCAGGUAUUAUGCUCCUCCUGCCUCUGAGUAUGACUCAGAUCCAUUUCCUCCACCUCCCACACCAAGAUCUCACUAUCAUAGUGAAGGCGGAAUACCAACUUCGUGUCCCCCAUCACCAUCGUCUACUGCAGGGAGAUCGUCCACGUACUUCAAUCCCCUUCCACCUCCACCUUCACCAGUGCCAUCUCCUGGCAGCCGCUGUGAUUGCUGAUAGUGAAUCAGUGUGUGGAUUGGAGGCAUCAUUGUUUUCAGACUCGUAACAUUGAACAUCUGAACAGUACAGCAGCUUGCUACAUGAUGUGAUCAGUUUGAGUAAGAGGAUUAUUUCUGGUGCUAAGAAUGAAAACAGAAGUGUUUCAAAAGAAUGUAAGUGAAAAAAAAAAAACAAUUCUGUAAUCUAAUUUUUGUUUUAUGAUAUAAUAUUGAUCAGAAAGACAGUUAGUGAGAGUUUUAUGUUGAAUAGAAAUUAAGCAUAUAUAAUGAAUGAGUUUUUAUUAAAAUCAUGAUAGCAUAUGUACUGAAACAAUUUUUUAUGUUUAGCUAUUGUUGGAGGAAGAAGUUCCGCAGAAUGUUUGCUAUAUCCUAUGCAGCCAUAUCCUUUGUACAUUAACGUUAAUGCCAUAUACAUAUAUACAUAUAUAUGAAAAUUAUUUUUGUUACAUGUGGAGUAUUAAUCUUUAAUAACUGUUAAAAUAAAAUUUUAUAUGACAUAAAUGUUGUGUCACUUGCAUGCAAUGUUUCAGCAUGUUGUGAUGACUGCAUUGUAUUAGACUGAUAAUAUUAGUUAACACAGCAGACUUUUUUUAUUGAGACUUUGUUUUUUCUUGUAUAUUAUAAAUAUGAAAUAUUAACUGCGCCUUCUGGUAGUUGCUGACAUUGUAAAUGGGGAAAAUAUUUUUUGUAUUAGAUCUGACAUGUGAAAACAUAAUUAACGUAUAUGUUACAACUAUUGACCAGCCUCACCAUGGCUUCACACAGGUAUCUAAAAGUGGACGACUUGUCUGGCAAAUCAGAAAUAAAUUAUAUACACAAACCUUCCUCAUAAAUAAGUCUACCUAUUAGAGAAAACCAUAUCAAAAUAUCUACCAUAGUUCCUGAGAUAAGUCCGAGCGAGGUGGCACACUGGUUAGCACACUGGACUCGCAUUCGGGAGGACGACGGUUCAAUCCCGUCUCCAGCCAUCCUGAUUUAGGUUCUCCAUGAUUUCCCUAAAUCUUUUCAGGCAAAUGCCGGGAUGGUUCCUUUGAAAGGGCAUGGCCGAUUUCCUUCCCGAUCCUUCCCUAACCCGAGCUUGCGCUCCGUCUCUAAUGACCUCGUUGUCGAUGGGACGUUAAACACUAACCACCCACCCACCCCUGAGAUAAACUUUCACCUACAGGCAGAAAAAUGUGGCAAGCGAUGUUAAUUUGUAGUAUGUGCAGACAUUAAUCUUCUGGUACAUUAUUUAUUGGUGAGAGCUUUAUAUUCAAAUUUUACUCAUUAAUUUAAUGUCAGCAAAUACAAGAUCUUCCCUAAAUUUGAAAAUGAUCCUUCACUUUGAAAAGUAUACUAAAACUGAUUUCAUUUAAAAACUAGUACGUUUUUAAUAAUCAAUAAAUCAUCUGUAAAGUUAUGUGCCAUUUCAAACUCUAAAUAUAUUUUGUUUCUCUAAGGAGCAUAAUUUGACAUUUCUAGUGUAAGUGCUUCUGUGAAGCUGGACAGUCACUGAAAAUACGUAUAAUAACAUAGCCUAGUGAUUUGAAACAAUUGAUGUGAAUUUUAUGUCAAAAUAAUUUAUGAUGUUCAUGGCUUAGAAACUACAUGUAUCAAAAAUUGUAUUUCUAUAGAGUUUCAGUUAGUUCAUACUUCAUCUUGUUGGAAAUUUAGUUUUUCUGUAUAUUUAUAUAUAAUUAUGUUGAUAAUAAGUAUUUUUAUAAAAUGAUGUACAUUUGUUUAUUUAGAGUGUUUUUUAAAAUGUGUGUUUUAUGUACAUGUGUAUAUUAUAUGAGGCUAAUUUUCCAAGAAAUGGGCUGUAUUGGCUUAUUUGUUGUCAAAUUUCCCAUUUUAUAAACAGAAUGGUGUGUUGCUCAACAUUUUUGUACUUAACAGUUUCUAUAUAAUGAUUGUUCGUUUCAGUUGUGUAAUUGUCCUUCAGUGAGAGAAUUUUUAUAAUACAUUAGGCUUAUGCUUGUAACUUGCUUUGCUACCGUUUACUUUGAUGAGCAGCAUGAUAGUCUAAUAUGUUUCAUUAAUGGAAAAAAUUUCUUACCUGUUAUGCUCAACACACUAUUGGUAGUGAAGCAUAUUUGUGCAGUGUCAUAAUAUUGCCUUAUGUUAUUUGUGUAAACAAAAACAUUCAAUCGCACAAAGUGUUUGAUUUGGGGGCAGCUAGAGAAAUACUUCAGAGGUGUUUAUUUCUUUAACUGUGUUAAUAUGAUAGUCUUAUUCAGAACAGCUUGUAACAUUUAUGUUGAUUUGAAUGUAAUCUAACGUGUAAAUUUAAUUUUAACUUUGUGAGCUGCUUUGGUGAAAUCUUUGUGAAAUGGGUUGAUAUGUGGCACAUUCAUAUCAGUCCUGUCAGUUCAAAAUAUUGGUAAAAGCAUUAUGAAUUUCUUUUAUUAAAUGGAAAAAAUUAUGGGCAUUCAAUUAAUAACCAGUUUCUGUUUCUCCAGAGCUUUUGUGUGUUUUUGUACCCUUGCACACAGAAUUCACUUCUGAUUUAAUUUGAGAAUAAUUUAUGAAACAGUUUAAUUUGUAUAAUGUUAACCUGAUCAGAAAUUGACUUAGGCUAAGCAAACUUUGCACUUACACAUACAGAAACAAGUGAACUUCUUUAUUCCCACAUCGGCAUUUAUGUUAAAAAGUACACUCAUUAACUUUCUCCUCAUUUAUUUAUUAAAGUUUCUUUUCACUACUUUCCAUUUUCAUUACUUUGCAUGUCAUGUCUCUAUAUUCAGUAUUUCACCUUUAUUAUAAUGGCAUGUUGUAAAUGUGUAUAUAUGUUUUUAAUAUUGCCUUUUACACCUAUGACUUGAACAUGCAAGAACUACCAACUCAGUUUUUGCCUCUUCUCUGUAGUUGUCAGUUGAUACAGUCUAUUUUAUUUUGCAACACAUCAUUUAAAACUAAUACCAAUUUAGAUUCAGCGGUAUGAGGCUUAUCUCUUAAAUUACAGUCACAAACAUUUUAUUAAAAAUAAUUAUUUCCAGUAUUCAUUUAGUCAAAUUGUCGCAGAUAUCAAGACUUUCAAUUGAAUUGCAUACAUAUUCAAUUGUUCUUGUAAUUUGGUUAAUUUUUGAAAUGCAAAUUAUAGGAUGGCAUUCCUAUUAUUUGAAGGUAUUGUAAACAAAAUAAUGGCUAUAAUUAUUUAGACAGGAGACACACAUACAACAUUUGGUAAAUGUUAAACAUUAUUCUAAAAGGGUGCCUUAAAUAAGUGUUAAAAUAAACUGUAGGUAAAUUUGUUACUAGGAACAAUUUUUUGAAAUGGCAUUUGCCAUUUAUAAUUUUAAUAACAUGUUGUGCAACAAUAACAUAUCCUAUUUUUGUAAUCAUAUUGCAUGGUGUAAAGACAUUGUGGUAAUUUGUUUUGGAGGCUGAAGAAAUCUGUUGGAAGGCAUAUAAGCUGUGUCGUAAACUAAAUGUGUUUAUCUUUGUUAGCAGUGUACUUAAUUAUUCCGUUUUGCUUCAUCCUGUUGGAUUUUUAGGAAGUGUGACAUUCUGAAAUGUUCACUAAGGACACAUCUGUCACACUCUUCAUAGACAAAUUCAGUGAUUGACAGAAACCUGAAUAUUUACUUGUCCCGUAUUCAGUAGCUGUAUUUCAGAGACUGAUAUAAAAGGUACCCUCUUUACAUCCACCGUCAGAUCCCUUUUAGAAAUUCAAGUGUUGUAACUUUGGCUACGAGAGAUAAAUAUUGAGUUAGAAUAUUAAGAUCUAACAGACUUUCCUCACUUUUAUUUCUUGUGAUUUCCUGUUUAAAGUGACUGAUUGUUCUUAAGACAAUAGAUAUGUAUAGGUCCAUUAUUUGAUAGCCACAGUUUACACAAUGACAAUACGUGCUAUGACAAUAUUAUGAAAAGGACAGAUUGCUACUCCCAAUAAAGCAGAGGUGUUGAGUCACAGAUACGAACAACAAAAACACUGUCAAACAAAUUGGGUUUUGGCCAAAAAGGGCUUCUUCUGAAUAAGACAACAUGCACAUACAACUCUCUCUCUCUCUCUCUCUCUCUCUCUCUCUCUCUCUCUCUCUCUCUCUCUCUCUCUCUGUGUGUGUGUGUGUGUGUGUGUGUGUGUGUGUGUUUUGUCUAAUUCAGAAGAAAGCAUUUUUGACCCAAAGGUAACUUGUUUGACAGUCUUUGUGUUGUGCCUAUCUACAACUCAACAUCUCUGCUGAAUGGUGAGUUGCAAUCUAUCCUUCUCAUGAUAUUGCCAUUAUUCAUCCUGGAUUUUCCACAGUAUGUGCUAUGUUAUAUUUUGUCAGUACAUCUAAUACUUACAUAAAAUAUAUUAUAUUUAAGUAUCGGAAUUUUGCAUGGUCAUUUCAUCUCAAAAGCACCUAAUUGCUGCACAUUUUAUUUUUUAAGUUAAAGAUGAGUACUUACUUGGUAAUAUGAAGGUACCUAUUGUCAUUAUGUAAAUCUGUGUAUGAUGGUAACUGUGUACACCCCUGUAUAUGUGCUUGGAAAAGUGCCUCUUUUUUCAGUGUGUGAUUUAUUAAAGUGCAAAACAUUACUCAGGACUUAUGUGUGUGUAUAUAUACAGAAUCAUGUGCAUUGAGCUUGUACAUUAGUUGCAUAGUCAAAUGUUCCUGAAAAUAGCAUUUAAAUGUUGAUAUUUUUGUUUUUAAAUUACUGUGCCAUAAAAGUGAAGCUUAAGACAUGGUUCUAUUCAUUGUUGUUGUAAUUCUUGUACAAAGGUCAAAGAUAUAAGAAAAUGUAAAUAAGUGUACAUUGUGUUUGUAGAAUAUAUUCUUGCUGCCGUAAUUGCUAACUGCAAUAAAUUCUCAAAAGAA